AUGAAAGUAACGGUAAUACCAGGUGAUGGCGUUGGUUCAGAACUUACUCAUUCAGUACAGCAUAUUGUACAAAGCACAGGAAUACCAUUAGAGUUUGAAGAAAUUUUCUUGAGUGAAAUUCAUCAUUCACGUUCGAUAAGCCUUGAAGAUGCCAUUAAAAUCAUUAAGAAAAAUAAUAAUGUGGCGUUGAAAGGUGCAAUUAAGGAAGCAGAGGCGACAGCAAACGACCCCGACAGAGAAGAUAUCAAUCGAGCAUUAAAAAAAGGUCUUGACCUUUUUGCCAGUGUUUCAAAUAUUAAAAGUUUAAGUGGGAUCAGAACACGACAUCAAAAGAAUCUGGAUUUCAUUGUUAUUCGUGAACAGACAGAAGGAGAAUAUUCAUCGCUAGAACACGAGUUGGUACCUGGCGUUGUUGAAUGUCUUAAAAUUUCCACAGAGGAGAAGUCGCAUCGGAUAGCGAAAUUCGCUUUUGAUUACGCUACGAAAUUUGGUCGUCACAAAGUCACUGCUGUUCACAAAGCAAAUAUUAUGAAAUUAGGUGAUGGCCUAUUCUUACGAAUGUGUGAAGAAGUCUCAAAAUUAUACCCAUACAUCAAGUUUGAAUCGAUGAUUAUCGAUAACUGCUGCAUGCAGUUGGUAUCUCGACCUGAACAGUUUGACGUGAUGGUUAUGUCUAACCUUUAUGGUAAUAUUGUUGGUAAUUUGGGAGCUGGCUUAGUUGGAGGUGCUGGAAUUGUUGCGAGUCGCUCAAUUGGGUCGGAUGCCGUUAUUUUUGAACCGGGUGCCCGUCAUGCCUAUGAACAAGCAUUUGGAAAGCAAAUUGCAAAUCCAACUGCGAUGAUUUUGUGUUGUGCAGAUUUGCUACAACAUUUACGAUUGCAAAAGUAUGGUGCUGCUCUUCGAUCGGCUACUGAAGCUGUGAUUGCCGAAGGCAAGAUAAGAACUCGCGAUCUUGGCGGUUCUUCAUCAACAUUAGAGUUCACGGAGGCCGUAAUUCAGAAAUACACCUUAUAA